AUGUCUGAAACAAUGCUUCACCACAAGAUUAACAGCCUUUCAACCAUUGACGAUGAAAGCUGGUACAAGGCCACAUGGGCUCACCGCGCCUGGUUCGCUGCCGGCUGCGCCACCGUCCUCAUUUCUCUCGCCAAGUCCAUGCUCAUAAUCGCCGCCGGAGAGCCCGCCGAUGCGUGGACAUGGCUACAGCUCACGCUGGCUGCCGUACUAGGUUACCAUCUGGCGGACCUCGGCUCCGGAAUCUACCACUGGGCCGUCGACAACUACGGCAGUGCGGAGACUCCUGUUUUCGGGUCCCAAAUCGAGUCGUUCCGGGCUCACCACCAGCACCCGUCGGCGAUCACCAAGUGCGAUACCGCCGGCAUUCUCUACACUCUGGCGGGUGUCGUCACCGUCGCCGUUCUGCCCAUAAACGUGGUUUCCAGCGACCCGAUUUUCCUCGGGUUCGUCGGCGUAUUCGCCGGGUGUGGCAUGUUCAGCCUGAAGUUCCACGCGUGGGCACAUACCCCCAGAAGGAAGCUUCCGCCGGUCGUGGCGGCGCUUCAGGACGCCGGGAUUAUCCUGCGGUUGUCCCACCACAACGCGCACCACCGCCCCCCGUAUAACAGCAAUUACUGCACGGUGAGUGGGAUUUGGAACAGGGUUUUGGAUGAGUGGAAGGUUCUUGUUGCCAUGGAGGUGGCGCUGUUCCGUGUGAUCGGAGUGAGGCCGCGGUCGUGGGCGGAGCCGAACUCUGAGUGGACGCCGAGGAAUCAGGACUGA